GUACUUCCGACACCUCCACGUGCCCAUGUUUCUCCGCCAUUGUGCGACGCCAUUGUGCUACAGCUGCAUGAAUAGCGCGUGCACGAGCACACCCUUUCACUGCACCAGCAUAGCAUAAGGCGGGCGUCAUGCCAUCUCCAUCUCCAGCCACAGCAGCAGCAGCAGCAUCAGCAGCAUCAGCAGCCGGUCCAGAAGCCACUCACACCCACUCGCACACCACGUCUCCGAAAUAUGCGCAUGCACGAUCGCAAUCGCAACCGCAAUCGAGGUCGACUCCCACAUCCCCGCGCACGGCACCGAGCGGCGGCAAUAAUGGCCACGCGAUUCGCCCGCCGCCGCCGAUGAAGCGACAGAGCUCGCAAAGUUCGCAUUCAUCCAGUCGUCCUGGCCUCGCAAGUCCCGCUGCCAGCGAGCUGCAACUGCAACCCUACGCCGCUGCCCGCGUUAAACCCCGCCACCAUGGCGCAAAGGUCGUUACCGCGCGCAACCACAACAGCGCUCGCAAUCUGGCCAAAAUGAACAAGCAGGCGCAAGGACAUGUCGCUUUUGACGACGGACGACGACAUGCGCGCCAGCGAUCGCACGAGGCGGACACCGAGAUCCGCUUGCCAGGUAGCCUGGAUGAGAGUAUCCAAAGUCGGCCUGCUAUGAAACGGAAUCUGACCGCAUACCAAUUGCCUCGGACGGGGAGUCAAAGUCAAGUGAAGUUGAAGAAGAAUUCGAGCCAUGGUCAACUCUCUAGGCUGGGAGUUGCGGGAAGCAGUCGGAAUCUGGCAGGCAUGGGAGCACGAGCACCGAUGAGCCCUGGGUUGAGGGGCAAGAAUAAGAGACCUAAGAGCGCUGAAAUCACACCUGCCGAGUAUCGGACGUUGCAGGAAAGGAAAGGUUCGGGCCAGAAGUUGACUGCAGCGUCGAAGAAGGUUGGAUUUGCAGUUGGCAACUCGGACGAGAGUGAUGGAGGAUACGACGAUGACGAGGAAGAUGACACAGGCAUCAAGCAGUUGGACAUGGAGGGCAGUGGGCUGCAAGAAGAUGAAUGGACGGAGGAGUCAGCCAGCGCGAGUCCACACAGCACAAGACAGAAUACGGCGAAUAACUCGAGGAGGACGAGUAUGAAUAUUGGUGCGAAAGAAAAGACCACCAAUGCGUUGACGCCGAGUGACUUGUUGGUUGCAAAAGUAAGCGAGGGGAUGCAGAAAGGGAGAUCUGAGAUCGGGAUGGCGGAACAGAAGAUAGACGACAAUGACCGGCCUGGAGAAGUGGAGGCCGGAAGUCCGAAGACAAUGACCAAGACGAGAGUGCAGCCAGCUCCAUUGCCAGUCAUGGACCCCGAGGCUUCUCAGCAGGCCCCACAGACUUUGCUCCAGGAGCCUGCCACAGAGCCCCCUCGACAGCAGGAGUCUGCCCGUCCUCCGAGGACGUCGGCUCACGAUUAUGCACUGCAGGAAGCGGCCGAACCAGCACCUACUGCAGUCAUGCCGCAAUCUUCGCAGCAGCAGCAGCAGCAUCAGCCGCAGCAGCCAACACCUCCUGGACAGGCUCCUCCGCUCUCGUUUGCGCCACCCAUUUAUCAGCAAGAGACUGCUCGGGGCUAUACGCAGCUGGAAACACACGCUACUGCGCCUCCACGAAGUCCACCACCCCCGGAUGCUCAACAAUCCAAGAAACAUUAUACCAACCCUGCAGCCAAACGUGUGACUAGCCAGAUACAUGUUCCCUCGCCCGCGGCCGUCUCCAGUGUUAGCACACUCGACAAUGUUCGCACGAACAGUAGUUCACCGGCCCCAUCCCUUCGCUCGUCAAGAUCCAAUCUUGGAGCGGGCGACAGCACAACUGAUGCCGAGCGAGAGAUGGAUGAGCUUGUCUCGCGUUUCGUUGCUUCGACAUCUCAUCCCUCGAUGGGCAGCGGUGCCAGCACUGCACUCAAUACUCCUAAACAAGGUAGCGGUUUUCACACCCCCGAAGAACACCAACACGGCAUGCCCCGGGAAAACAGAGCCGGGGCAAAUUUCCAACUUGGCCCAACCAGCCCUGGGUCUACGAUAUCAAACUCUUCGGGAACAACCACUCCUGCGAUGGGUCGUUCAAGGACGGAGCUGAGGUUGCUUCAAGAAAAAGCUCUGGCAGAUCUAGAAACGAGAGCGGAGCAUAAGUUGGGAGGGACCGUUGCCAAACCUGUCCUGCCCGGGCAUGUCUAUGAUCGAAGGAAUGAGAGUUUGAAGUCAUUCAUGAGUAAUUCGGAGCAAGCUUCUGGACUCUCUAUGGGGCCUCAGAUUUUCCAAGGACGAUUUCGGGCAGUCAAUACCGAGUUGCGUGUGGUGCAGAAGUUUCGAGAUCCUGUGGGAGAAGCGAUUGCUCGGCUCAGGAGCUGCAAGGGAAGUAAGCUGCAUCGACCAUCUUCUUCUGCUUCCGGUACUGGCCCGGGACUGGCGAGGGCAUCGACGGGAUUGAACAUGUCGAAAAGCGCGGUCCAUCUCCCCAGCUCACAGAGAGCGACGGGUGCGCUCAGUAAGUCGGCCAGUCCGCCGAAGAUGGGCAGCGAGCUCGCAUUGAAGAGAGCAGGAGGACAACAGAAUCAGAUGGGCAUCGGUGGUCCGACGGGCGGCGGCAGCGAGAGACAGCAAUCCCGACGUGGUGUCAGUUUUGCGGGAGGGCCGCCUCGGUCAUCGAGAGGAGAGAUGAUGGGAAGAGAGGUGAGUUUGCAGUCGACACCGACUUAUAAUGGCAUGAGUGGAGCAGAUGUUGCAAAGUUUGUGCGGGAGUUGUGGCAUGAUUUGUGAGGGACUGAGUGAGGAGGAGAAAGGGGGAAGGAGAUGGAAACCCUACUUUCUUGAUGACUUGAUGAGGACACUGGCAUUUGUUUUUCUUUCGCAUUCGGUUCGGUAUUUCAUGGCCUGGGCGGUACUUUGUGCUUUUUGUACGAUUGAUUACUUAUAUUAUAUCCAACGUUUCAGCGUGUAUUGGAUUUGUUCUUUUUUUGGAAGUUUAGGUACAGGUAGGCUCGCAUUUGAAGCGCAUAGUUUAAUAGAGAGAUCAGAGAUCAGAAAUGUAAUUCAAAA